AUGAACCCUCCGACAUCAAAAGCACAGUUGACAGAACUGGAACGAGCCUCGCCGCUCGACACUCCCGAGUUGCUCGACAGGAUUCUCUCCUUCCUCGACCCUUACACCCUUGCUUCCAGUGCUCGCCUUGUCUGUCGCCGAUGGUCCGUCGCUGGCCGCCGAUAUCUCAAACCCGUAGAGUACUCCUGGCCCGAAUUCUUUGACGAAAUCGAAGAGUUUGAGCAGGUGCUGGACAUGGUUCCAUGGAUGGCACGUUUGCGAUGGAUCGCAAGCGAGCAGAGGUCACCAGCCAUACUCGCCUCUCGCAAGACAGAAUGGGCCAUGCUGCUGAACGCGCUGGAGAAGGCUGCCGGGAACCCAACGCUCACCGACAGGAAAUACAGUCGGACACUGCGACAAGAGUACCACAUGCUCCGAGACCUUUUACCCACAAGUGCUUUCGACUGGUCGGCACUCCCGGAGCAUCCCCUUCUUGCAGGACCAUGGGCGAGGCUUCGGGUGUUUGAAGUCUACGGAAAUGUCAAGAGCGAGUGGGUAAUGUUAGUUCUGCCGCUGAUGCCAUCUCUGACCAAGCUGAAGCUGAGGACAAUUAAUGGGUUUAGUGGCGAUCAUAUCCAAAUCGAGCGCAUUAUGCGGGAUUGCAAGCAAUUAGAGUACCUUCACAUCUCAAGAGUCGACGGGAGGGAGCGACUUCCAGGACCCUGGGUUCCCGUGGUGCCAUCUUCGACUGCCGAGAAGGGAUUUAGCUUCUCGUCUGUGUCACUCAAUUCUCUGGUUCUGGAAAGGGUGGUCUUCAAGCAAGUUGUUUUCGAGACCUUCCUGGAACAUGCGCCAUCCCUUAAGGAACUCAGGAUCUUUGACGCCUCGAUUGAAAUCAUCUUCGAUUCCAUUGGUCUUGCAAAACUCCUCAGGCGCCUGUCCUUGCCGCUGGAAUCUUUUCACAUUUCCACCGCCGACCGAACUCGCGACAGGGAACUCAUGCCAGACCUCUAUCGCAACUCUCAAAGUCGAACGCUUUGGUCGAGCGACUUUACCAUCUACAAUCUCCGGAUGAACGACCAUGUGCACAACAACCUCAGCACAUUGGAACUUGUGCCCAAGUACGGAUACGCUGAGUACGACAACCCAUACUCGGCACUUCACAACUUCCUUUGCUCCUCGCCACAUUUGCUCCACCUCAAGGCGCCGGAGACAUGCUAUCCGAUCGCCCACAUGGAUCUCCACGGACGACUCACCAAGCUGCUUGCGCAACCAAGAAUGAAGCGCCCAUGCAAGGCUUACCCUAAAAAUGUUUCCUUCCCCCCUGGGAUCUGGCAGUGUCGGAACCUCAAGACUCUCCACAUCAGGAUAUUCUCCCCGGAUAGAUGGAAUGAGGUGGCGUCGGAGCCCGUUUCGGAAUUUGCUAGAGUCGCAUUCGGAUACAUCGCCCGCGUCUGCCCCUUUUUACGCGACAUCGCCCUGGGUAAUGGUCCCUAUCGUCCAAACACAGCCCAAGGUCAGCGAGCGAUUCAGCCCCCACUCGACCUUCGCCUGCAAGGAGGGUUCUGUCUGCUGAGCCGACUCAAGCACCUGGAGCGGAUCGAGAUUGGUCAGUUCACGGAGCGGGCGGUUUUGUCCCCACAGAACUUUGAGUGGAUGCAAGAGUCUGGACGGACGGAGGGUAAGAAGGUUGAGAGGCGGAAGUUGUUGGAGAGGACGUGGAAGAGUUUGCGGCUGAUGAGCCAUGUCCGCAAGAGUGUUGCUGCUGCUGCCGAUGUGUAUGACAAGACUGGUCCUGGAGCGCACUUUGACUGGACGGCGGUUGAUCCAGGCUUGAAGGAGGAGCUGAGGUACUUGGGAUGGGCUGUUGAUGUGCAGAACUUUUUUGACGAGUUGGACAAGCCGGCGGUCAAGAAUGGUGGCGGAAGUGGUAGUGGAGGAGAAGGUGGAGUCGAAUGUUUCCCGGCUCUUCGCUACUCUUGCAUUUGCGCCCCCAGUGGAUUUUAUUUGCCACCCGAGCAGGAUUACAAGCGAUUUAACGUUCUUCCUCAGGAGAACAAAAACACAAUGUAA